ACUCCGCUUCCCAGUGAUUCAGAACGAAGCGGUGGGAGUGUAUAUAUCGUGGUGUUUUGUGUACGUGUUGUUGUUGUUGUUUUUGUUAAUUUUUCCGAGUUUAUUUCAAUCGGUGACGCGGAAAACUCCAAGCAGUAUGUAGAAUCGGUCUGAUAUUCAUUCGCUCGUGUCAACAUAAUCACAAGAAAUCUUUUAUCUUUAGCUGAAAUCCGACCUCCUGUAGUUUAUAGUAUAGUGUCUGCAGCAUGGAGUUCAUUAGAAUUGUUGUUAAAGGAAUGUAAAUGAUUAUGAUUAGCUUGUCCAGGGCUGUAUCGAUACUGAUAUCGAUAUCAGGUAUUGUUCAGAUACAGUACGAAUUCUCUCAUGAGACUAUGAUGCUACACGAAUCAACGGAUGACGGCAUCCCAGACUCGUUUGUACGAAAUGAAUUAUAUCCAUCAUCGUCCUGGAAUAGAAAUAAACAGAUCAAACAGCAUGAUGGAGGCCGACCAGACACUAAAUGAGUAUGAGCGGGCAGGGAAAGAACUUGCGGUUAAGUUCUGCGAGCACUGAGACACGUAGCCUGUCAAGGUGCUUUAAACGAAUGGUAACUUGCGCUCAAUUUUAACGCCCACGUUCGUGGAUACUGUUAAGAUCGGCUACACUCAUGAGGGGUGCGCCGUUUACAGAUAACGUUUCACGACGCCCAUCGAUCACUUCACUCGUGAGCAGUGGUAGCUCAAGUGGUUAAAGCUCUGGGUUGUUCAUCGGAAGAUCAGGGUUCAAGUCCCAACACCGCCAAGCUGCCACUGUUGGGUCUUUGAGCAGGAGCACCUGCUCCAGGGGCGCUGUAUCAUGGCUGACCCUGCGCUAUGACCCCAACCCCCAAGGGUGGGAUAUGCGAAGAAAGAAUUUCACGUAUAUGUGACAAACGAUGACAACUCUAUGUGGUAUCAAUAUCAGUAUCGAACAAAUACCAUCUAGGAUCACACGCCGCAGUUUGCUGAAUCGCACAACAGAGAACAGAAGAUGGAGGAAGAAGACAAGCAUCCCGAAGCUCUUUCGGCAGAAGAUUACGCCGCCGAGGCUAUGGCGGCCGAUCUGGAUCCUUGGAUCAUAUUCGACGCCCGGAAAACUCCCCGAGCCGAGUUCCCUAGUUGGUUGGAGUCCAAUCGUCCUUCGCAGGUGAGCCGCUACGGGGACGAGAUCUCGGGGCCUGUAGGAUGGAUCGCAGUAUACGGCACCAUCCACUGCCCGAGCAACGGCGACGUCUCGGAAUUACAGGAGAGCUGGGAAAGACUUCUCUCCAGCGGCCGUGCCAUCACUUUCCAGACCGUAAAAGAGCUCGCUUUGAACCACAACGUGCUGACGGGGAAAUGGCUGAUGCACCUGGACACGGGUUUUAAAGUGGAUCAUGCCUGGGAGUGCGUAGCCAGAGCCAUCCUGGACGGAAAGAUACCCAUGGCCAAAGUGAGUCCGCGCGAGCCUAACUCGGACGGCAAGCACGUCAUUUGCGUCUACAACGACAACUUCACCGACGAGGAGCAGGUGAUGCAGCUGGACGCGGCCAUCCGGGCGACGGGCGUCAAAUGUCCUCUGUCUUACAAGCCGGACGUCUACACGUACCUGGGGAUUUACAGGAAUAACCGGUGGAAGCUGUGUCCAACGAUUUAUGAGAGCAAGUUCGAUCUGGAGUGCGUGCCUCGCCGCUCACACAUCAUCAACAAAGUCACCAACAUGGAGGUCACAUAAGGAGAUGAAAACUCCAGUGUGGUGAACUGGCCCCAUUAUACCGAAGAGAACGUUUUUGUUGCCUGUUUGUUGUGUUUUGUUGACUUGACCCGAUUAACCUUAAUCUAAAAUAGUUCCAUUGUUGACAUUUCUUAACUUUCUUACUAGUCAAGUUUUUCGAGACCUUUGUUUAAAUUCAGUUGCCAAGAGAUUGUAACUUCAUCUCUUCAAAACGUUAAUCGUUUGUGUUGAAUUAUUAAAAAGAACACAAAGAUAUCAUACUUCAUGUUCAAUAAACCUGUGCCUGUUUAAAAGAGAGAAA